AGAAACCAGGAUGUGGCACGCGGAGAUUGCAACUUCAAAUGGUCAGUGUGUGGCACUGUGUGCUUCUAAAAGUGACUUUGGGUCCCGGCCUCACCACCCAUCGCGUGCUUGCAAGCUCCUUCUCAGUCCUUGCGCCCCUUUCCUACACUUUCCUCCUCUCCUGGGCUGAGGGAGCUGCUUUCUGUGCAAGUUGAAUUCUGGGCAUGGAGGCAGCCGCUGCUGCUGCAGCUGCCUAAGGGGAGCGAGGAGAGGUUGCGACCAAGUAGAGACCUGCUGAAGUUGCUUCUCGAGAGGAGUGGACUCACCAGCUGUCCCCAGCGAGGCCUGCCCACCAGUUUGCCUGGCACUUUGUCCAGUUCACCAUGCAACCUGCUUCUGCAAAGUGGAAGACUGAAUGGGCUAUGUAUGUAUUGAAUUUUGUGGUUUAGACAGUAAAGAUGUUAAUGUAAACUUUGAAAAAUUCAAACUUACUUUCAUUUGUAUUGGAGGAAGUGAUAAUUUUAAACAUUUAAAUGAAAUUGAUCUUUUUCACUCUAUUGAUCCAAAUGAUUCCAAGCAUAAAAGAAUGGACAGAUCAAUUUUAUGUUGUUUGCGAAAAGCAGAAUCUGACCACUCCUGGCCUAGGUUAACAAAGGAAAGGGCAAAGCUUAAUUGGCUUAGUGUGGACUUCAAUAAUUGGAAAGACUGGGAGGAUGACGCAGAAAAAGACAUGUCUAAUUUUGACCGUUUCUCUGAGAUGAUGGAUCACAUGGGUGGUGAUGAGGAUGCAGAUUUACCAGAAGUAGAUGGAGCAGAUGAUGAUUCACAAGACAGUGAUGAUGAAAAAAUGCCAGAUCUGGAGUAAAGAGUGGUGUCACCACCUGGAUUUUGAGGGAAAAAAAUAACUUCUGGUAAGCCAAUAUCCAUAUGCAUGAACAUUUCCUAGGAUUCCAUGAAGCAGUUGAGAUCCUAGGCAACUGCUACAGCAGCUCUGAUGAAUAACUGCAUCUCAUCUAAGUCUUCUUUCGUCAUAAUACACUUAACUUCUCCAUUAAGAAAGUUCUCAGCUUAGGGAAAGAUAAAGGUUUUAGAUCCUAGACCAUGGACUUGAAGAAGGUGGAGACAAAUUGGCUAAUAUCUUAAGCUGAUACCCUGCCAUUCUUCCAGGAUACCUUUCAGAAUUAUUCCACUAAAGUUUAUUUUUCAAAAAAUGUAUUUUACAUCAUUGUAUGUGAUCACGUGUCAGUGUUCAGGUGUAUUUUAGCUAAGACUAGUGAAUGCCCUAACUUAGAUGGUUUUUGAAGCCUAUACAUUUGGUAUUGUUUGGCCCUUAAGCUUUUACAUCUCUUAGCAUGGAGGACAAAGAAAGCUGUACAUUGUUGCUUGAGAAUAUGUACAUUUUAGACCAGAUUUGUACUUGCACUGUCAGUAUGGCAAAUGAGUAGAAAAUGUUAAUACACUAUUGGAUUUUUUUUUCCUGUUUUGAUUUCAGCUUAUGCCCUGGCUGGAAAACCUCAAUUUAUGUUCAUGACAGUGGGGAUUUUUUUAAAUGUCUACAUUCUUUCUAAUAAACUGUUGGAUGAUUUUAAAAAAAUAAAUAAAAAAAUAAAAGUGACUUUGGACUAUUA